AUACGUGCCUCAGGCUUGGAUGUACAGAGAGUCCAGUAGAGUGCUUUGGGUGUAACCUUGUGGAGCACCAAUCUUUGAAAUGAUUAUAGCAGAAGUGUUGCUGCCUCUACUUACUUAUUACGGUGCUGGUCAGGGAGUCAAGGACGGUUGCAGAGGGAGGAGUUGUCUCCCAGGGUCCAGAGUUUGGUGAUGAGUGUGUACUGAAUCACAGCAUGGAAGGGAGGGCUGUGUCAAUAAAUGAUAGACUUACAUAGGUGUUCUUACUAUCCAGAAGCCCAGGAGGUGAGUGUAGGGCCAGGGAAAUGGCAUUCGAUGUAGACAUGUUACAGUGGCAGGCGAAUUGCAGUAGUUCAGGUUUGCAAUGAGCCUGGAUUUAAUGCUUGCCUGGCCAGCCUCUCGAAGCAGUUCAUGAUGUUAGGUGUCAGAGCCACCGAGGGGCAGUCACUAAGGUUACCAAGUGAACCACCUCUAGAUAAAGGCCUUAUCCCCUGGCUGGGACAUGCUCUUGAGUCUAGGAAAGAUAUUGCCAAGUUUUUAUUGAAGAUGAAGACAAAAUAUGGAGACAUUUUCACAGUCCGAAUGGCAGGGCGAUACGUGACUUUCUUAUUUGAUCCUCACUCAUUCGAUGCAGUUGUAUCAGAAUCCAGUGCAAAGUUGGACUUUACAAAAUACUCAUUAACUUUAAUGGAUAAAAUGUUCAACGUUCAGCUUCCUGACUAUGAUCCAAAUGAAGAGAAAUCUUUGAUGAAAAUGCAUCUCCAAGGAAAAAACCUUUCUUCACUCACAGAUGCAAUGCUAUCUAAUCUUAAAACAUUGUUGCUAACAGAUGAAAAUGACAGAACAUACACCUGGAAGCAGGAAGGACUAUUCAACUUCUGUUAUGGUACAAUGUUCAGGGCAGGAUAUCUCACACUGUAUGGGAAUGAAGCUGCACAAGAUUACCAACAAACAUCCAAAAGUAAAGAUAAAAUUAAUUCAUCAGAAGUCUAUAAUAUAUACAAGAGACUAGACCAACUCUUGAUGAAAAUAGUCCGCUCCAUGUUAUCUGCAGAUGAAAAGAAAGAAGCUAACUUAGUAAAAGAGCAUCUUUGGCAACUGUUGUCUGUGGAGAAUUUAAACUCAAGAGUGAACAGAAGCAGCUGGAUUCAAAGUUACUGCAGCCACCUACAGAAGUUAGGUCUACACAAGGAUAUGCAGGCCCGAGUAAUGGUACUACAGCUGUGGGCCACACAGGGUAAUUAUGGGCCUGCAGCAUUUUGGCUACUACUAUUCCUGCUAAAGCACCCAGAAGCAAAGCAUGCAGUCCAGGAGGAAAUGAAGAAAAUCUUUUUUAACCUGACAAUACCCAUUGUUAGCCAAGAUGCACUCAACAAUACACCUAUUUUAGAUAGUGUUUUAAAUGAGACUCUACGACUGACAGCAGCGCCAUUUAUUACUAGAGAAGUUCUUCAGAAUAUGUCAUUGCAGCUUGCAGAUGGCAGAAAGUAUCACCUCCGAAUGGGAGACAGACUGUGCCUCUUUCCUUAUUUAAGUCCCCAGACGGACCCCGAAAUCUAUGAAGAGCAUGAGAAAUUUAAAUAUGACCGGUUUUUGCACCAGGAUGGAACAAAGAAAACUAAUUUCCUCAAGAGUGGGAAGCAGUUGAAGCACUACAAUUUGCCUUGGGGGGCUGGAUCUAACGUUUGCAUUGGGCGGCACUUUGCUAUAAACAGCCUAAAAAUGUUUGUUUUCCUAAUGCUAAGCUGCUUUGAUUUUGAACUUUCUGAUCCAAAAACAAAAAUUCCAGCCUUUGACACUUCCAGAUAUGGAUUUGGAAUGCUGCAGCCUGAAAAAGAUGUUAUGUUUCGUUAUAAAUUUAAGGCUGAAUAGCCCAAGCCAACACAUACCGGAAUUCAAAAGCAUGCCAUGGAACUUUAGCAUGCUGCAUUUGGCACAAGAACAGUCUAAAUUUAUGAAUGCCACAUUUUGAACCUUUUUCUCAUAAGAACUGAUUGGCCUUGGCUCACUGUAUAGUCAACAAAAUUCAACAUUUUCCUUCCAAGUCAUCCAUGCACUUAACAAAUGAUUUGUUAAAUGUAAAAGUAUUUGACUGAAGCAGUCAUAUCCAAUUGGAUGCAUUGCAUGGCUAGAUGCCAAUUUCAUGAACUGCGUUGGUAUACAUGUGCCCCAUAAAAAGCACACAGAAUAAUGCACGCCAAGUGCUGGAGGAACACAGCAGUUCAGGCAGCAUCUAUGGAGGGGAAUAAGCAGUUGAUGUUCGGGACCGAGACCCUUCAAAGUAGGCUUCCACAACCUACAGUAUAUAAAAUAUAUGAUUUGUCAUGUUAAAGAAUACCUAUCUGAAUGGGUCCCAGAUCAGAAGACCUAGAUCUGGGAAUCAGUUGUGAGUUGUUCAAUUUAGCAUAAAAACUUACUCCAAGUGGUAACUGUCUUUCUAAUGCAUCCUAGCACAAUCCUUAAUACUCUUCCUUUCAGUCAUAAUCCCCAAUACCUUGACAUAAUCUUCCUACCAACUGAUUCCUUAUCACUUGCCUGUUUUUUUCCCCUACUCCCCUUGUGACCCAUGACCAAUACACCUGAAUUGGAUGGCAGACUGUGCAGAGCAAACACUCAAGUAUGUCGACCAGCUGCUCUAUGAUGCAUGAUGCGUUGCCCUCAGUUGCAAUAAUAUGUGCAGGGGCUAAAAUGUAUAUAAUUUUAUUCCUAAAGGUUUUUUAAGCUAUACCGUUUCUGUGGGUACAUUAUGUAUGGAAAGGAAAUUAAUCAAAGAUGCUUCCAAAUGCUUUUGACUUCUUUAAUAUUUAAAAUAGGGAAGUUACAAAGGUCUUCAGACAAUUACAGUCACUGCAAAGUGAACUUCAAAGAGCAUGUUUAACACAACUCCUAACUAUUGCUGUGCACCAAUGACAUAUGUUGGUGAAAAAACUAUUUCAAAAGAGCUCUUCAUUAACAUAAAGAUCAAAUACAGCACAAAAUAACAGUAAAUAAUUCAUAUUUUACUGUGCUAAAUGAAUAACUAUCACUCAGAACUCCUUGCAAUGUCAGUUCUCUAGCAUGUGUCAUUUAAUUUUACAUUACAAAUAAUCUGUGUGAUUUACAAAAUGCUGCAUUUAAUUGGAACACCUGACAAGUUCAAAUGCCACUCACCGAGGCAGCCCCCUGCAGUGCAUCUGCCUGCUGACGUUGAUGUUCCUAGAUCAGCAGUGUGCUGCUUUCUCUUUAUUGUCCAGCCAUAUUUUUACUGCUUUUGUCAAGUAAUUCUCAAGGAAAAGGGAAAAGAAUUAAGCAUGGUUUGUCAACAGUCUGAAUAAGUACAACACUGAAAAGUAUACAUUUUUAACAUCUAGGGAAUGGAUUUACUCUUUUUUGUUCACACUGCCAUUUUAAAGAGAAUGUUUAAAUCCAUAUUUGAAUCUACCUCCUUGUUUUCUCUCAAAAAAUCCUCCAUUUGAUUGCAUUUUUAAGUAAAUUGACACAAAGUAUUAAUAAAAUUGAGGUAUCUAAA